UUCCCAGGACACUGGCAGCGGCAGCCCGGAGCCCCCGAGCCCUGGGCAGGUUUGCCUGUCCUUCCCCGCGAUCUGAUUGGAUAAAGUGGGGGCUCGACGGUGGCCGGCGUGGGACAGUCUGGCUGUGGCAGGGGUCUCGGAAACCAUGGGUUAUUGCAGUGGCAGGUGCACGCUUAUCUUUCUCUGUGGCAUGCAACUGGUUUGUGUGCUGGAGAGGCAAAUAUUUGAUUUCCUUGGAUAUCAGUGGGCCCCUAUCCUGGCAAAUUUUGUACAUAUUAUCAUCGUCAUCCUUGGUUUGUUUGGAACUAUUCAGUAUAGACCUCGUUACAUAACAGGAUAUGCUGUCUGGCUGGUCCUCUGGGUGACAUGGAAUGUGUUUGUUAUCUGCUUCUAUUUGGAGGCUGGGGAUCUCUCAAAGGAAACAGACCUUAUCCUGACGUUUAAUAUUUCAAUGCACCGAUCUUGGUGGAUGGAGAACGGACCAGGAUGUAUGGUGACGUCUGUGACACCCGCCCCAGACUGGGCUCCAGAAGAUCAUCGGUACAUCACUGUCUCAGGGUGUUUCCUGGAGUACCAGUACAUAGAAGUGGCCCACAGUUCCCUCCAGAUUGUCCUCGCACUGGCGGGCUUCAUCUACGCCUGUUAUGUUGUGAAAUGUAUAACUGAAGAAGAGGACAGCUUUGAUUUCAUAGGUGGCUUUGACUCUUAUGGAUAUCAAGGACCUCAGAAGACAUCUCACUUACAACUACAACCAAUGUACAUGUCAAAAUAACACGGAUGACUUCUGUCUUCCAACCCAUGGACUUCUCAAAUGAAUUGUGCAGUGGCCUCCUGCUUUUUCAUGAAGAGUGAGAAGCAAAUGCAUUUAAAUACGUAUACAUAUUAUCAGACCAAACAGGAAAUUUCUACAUAGACACGUGUGUGAAAACACACACACACACACACACACACACACACACGCCACUGUCACUAUCAGGCACACAUCAAUUCCACUGGACCUCCUCUUUCUGACUGAAACUGAUAAACACGCAGGGCACGCCCACCCUGGAUUUCCUUAAUGCAGGCUCCCUUCUUCCCGGCCUUUGAAGGUGGGAAAGGAGACACAUGGGUGUCCUCUACAGGCCGUUACUUACUCCUCCGCAGCCCAGCCAGUUGGCUCUGGGAGGUUCCAAGUUAACCCAGGCACACUAGUUUGGAACCCUGUUUUCUGCAGUCCAGACCAUACAUCUUGAUAGCACCACAGCUGCUUAGGCAACGUAAUUGCAAAAACUGACAGACAGAACAUGCUGUGAUGACUUAGUACCAAAUGCAAAAUGGCAGGUCGUUUGCCCUAAAGGCUAUACCGUACAUACUUGCCUUAACCCACCUACGUUGUGUGCCCAAGACUCCCAGUGCAGACGCCCUCCAGUCACUUCCUUUAGGCUAACACACUGCUAUUAAUUACAAACAAUUUUGACUCUGUCUCUUGUCGAGGAACAAGACUGAACCGCUCAGCAGCUCCUGUGUGUCUGUGUAAGAAAAUGAUGUUUUACCACUGAGCCUCGUGAUGGCCGCAGAGAUAGGAACCAACAGCAACAAUAACUGUCAUCAUCAUGUCUCUGAACCGUGGUCUUCUGAUGUAGUAGGGGUGGAAUGAAGUGAAAUGUAUUAAUCUCCUAAACUCAUUACUCUACUGAAAGCAGAAAUGGCUUAACUGGUUGGUUUUAUUUCUUGCACUCUACGUGCUUUUCUAGGUACCUACAAACGGCAUUUCCUAACACAGGAAACAGCUGUGGAUUUCUAUGACAGAGGCCAACUGACUAUGUAUUAGCUAUGUUUACUCUUUUAUAUCUAAUUCAAAUCUAAGACCCAAUGUAGGUGAACUUUUUUUUUUCUAACUUCAGCGUACAAGAUUAUUUUUGGGGUGGGGGGGCAAUAGUUACUUAGUGAAAACUUUGAGAUAUCUUUGUGGUAUUUGGGGGGAUCUGUUGUGUGUUAGAGUGUAUUCCAAUCCUCCUGUAUUAUUGUGGCAGAAAAAAAAAAAACAAACAAACCUGUGCUGUUGAAGUAGUUGGCAAUGAGAUGCCUUUGGGGACAAUAGUAGGUCAGUGUGUUUAUGGGGUAUUCUGAACUCCUAGGAAAUUUAGUUCUAUAUUUUCAAGCAUUGUUUGGUUUUCAUUAGUGAAAAAUAUAAUUAGCUCAAGCUUAUCAGUAACACAGAUGAGUCAUGUUUUUUCUUGGAUCCACUUGAGAUGCUAAAAUCAAGUUUCCUUUAACACAUCAUCUUGACACACGGUGAAAUUCAGACUGAGAAGUUAGACACUGGCAUAGACCAACUCUUUUUCUUUUCGUACUUCCAGUUUUGUUUAUUGGGUUAACCCUUUUUGCAUCUUAACCCAUUCAGGUCUCCAUAAGACAGGCCAGUUGCUGUCUUGGCAUAGACAUUUGUAAUAAAUCACCAUAUCCCUAUUUAAAACCUAUGAAGGAACCGAAAACGACCACUGGAGUAGAAACCACAUGCACAAAAAGAUUGCAGCACUCACACUUGAGUUUUCCCAGUGGCUUGUACCUACAUGUAUAAAAUGAACAGUUGCAAACAUCCGUCAGCGAAACCUCAUCUGGUGUUUUUUAUAGUGAUAUGCAUGUUUAAUGUUGGAGGGGAACUAGUCACCAAUGUACUGUCCUUUUAUUCCUAAAAUAUAAAUAUUAUACAUGCCGGAAACUAUUCUAAUGUGACUAUUAAAAUGAGGUUUCAUUGCAUUGCUUCUGUGAUGGGGUUUCACCUUGUAGUACAUGUGUAGGGAGGGAGUAAAACGAGCCGCCGUGUUUCUUUUUUUUUUAAGUUGCAGCCGACUCUCCACCAAGCUUCAUAUCAUCACCACCGGGCCUUUUUAGUGAGCACAGUAGUGUGGUUCUAUCUGGGAAACAUCAAAGAUGAACAGCUGUACCCUCCUCAAAAUCUGGUGAAGAAUGCUAUUUUUCUAGGCUGAGCUUUUGUUAUAAACCUAAUAUUCUGAAAGCAAGAGUUAACAAUCCUGAUCUGUCUUUUCUUUUCCCCUCCCUGCAUUUGUUAAUUCUGAAUGUAUUUUUAACAGAGUGAUUUUUUUGACUUACUAGUGUAAUUUGCAUUUUAAAAAAUAAAUGGA